GGCCCACUUGCAGCGUACGAACACGCCAUAACCCGGUCCGUCGAGUGAAGAAAAACCCGGGGAAAUGCCUACCUUCCAGUCCACCACACUGGCCCUGGCCCUGAUAGCCGCCAGCCACAUCACCAUCCGCUGCAUCAGGCCGCCCAACGCCACGGCUCCAAGCCACCCCAAAAAUAGACCGAGCGACAAGGGUGGUCAAGAGAAGCCACGCGACCGCAUACGCUUCAUAACGGGCUUAUUGCCCCUGCUCGGAGCGCAUAUCUUGCGACUGGCCUUCUUCUAUCAAGCGGUCACCGUGCUUCUCUGGACCACAAGCCCCACAGAUACAUCCUAUCUAUCGUACAUCUGCCCGGGGAGGCAGAAUCUCGAUCCAGCCAUCUUCACAUGGUCACCAACUACUAUCAUCAGCUUACUCGCAAUCGCCAGUGGAGGGGCCCUCCGUCUCUCUGCGUACGGUGGACUCGGCCCGAACUUCACGUUUCAUCUCGCGCAGCCAGACCAGCUGAUCACGGACGGCGUGUACGGCUACCUGCAGCAUCCAAGCUACUCAGGGCUGGUGCUGAUUGAGGCUGGGACCGUGCCGCUUAUCCUGCGAUGGGACGCGGCGGCAGCUGGGUGUUGGAUGGAGGCGUGGAUGCGGGAGACAGUGUCCGGGAAGGGGAUGGUGCUGGUGUUGCUGGGGGUGGUUGUAACUGGUGUGUUUGUCACGGUGAGGGUCAGCGACGAGGAGAGGAUGUUGAGGGGGCGGUUCGGAAAGGUCUGGGAGGAUUGGCACAGAAGGACGGCGAAGUUUGUUCCGGGGUUGUGGUGAUGACUUUGUUUUAACUCAUGAUGAUGGUGUGUAUUUGUCUGGAUUUGUAUGUUUUGGAUGAAUAAAUUGUAGGCAGAAUGGCUGCUCAUGAUGCACGAUAAUAAUGGGGUCUGAUUAGAUCUCAAGACCGCUACGCCAAAACGUUGACCAACGUUUGGUAUAGGGCUUAACCUGAC